UACUCGCUUUUAUUUUCGUUAUAACACGCCUUUGGAGCUGGAGAAUAAUCCCGUUCUGCAUAGGGAAUACUUCCCUACGUCAUGUUUUCCAAAGAUCUCGUCGCGGAACUUCGUUUCGAUGCAUCCUCAUGGAGUAAUUCGUCUCGAAUUAUAUCCACGUGACUCAUUGGAGUAGGAUACCUGCGCAACGGGAUUGCUUUCCGGGCGCUAAGGAUUACCCCGACCAUCUUGUCUCUGGCGAAAACGAGCAUAUGCACGGCUAAGGUAAUGACCCGAAGCAUCCAACCAGGACUGCGCCGCAGAGAUUCAGUCAUGAGCGCCAGGGAUGUUGCUCAAAGCCAGGGAACUAUUGUCGACGGGAACACAAGAGAUGCUCUUGACCUCAAGGUCUUGGGGGUGUGCAGUGGAAGUGGGUUGACCAAGCUCUCCCUUGCCUUAGUACGCUACCGUCGAAGAGCACACGAUGCUCCAUUGCGUAUCGAACUUCUACAGUAUACCGAGAUCGCCGUCGCGCCUAAAAUCAGAGCCCGUAUCCUCAAUUUGCUGCGGGAAGCCCAAUACAAGCCGUUGGUCGCGGCAUCCACCAAUGCCGCACUCGGGCAGCUCUUUGCCAGCGGCAUCAAGACAUUCUGCCAGAGUCUCAGAAUACCACAUACCUCCAUCGACCUGGUGGGUACGCACACCCCUACUCUGAGACGAUUCCAUAUCUCUCAGACGAGCAAUGCGAGCAACCAUCCACUCGGCUGGAACGCUGUGAUCACUGCUGAGACAGGAAUCACCGCCGUCUUUGAUUUUUCCGUGAUGGAUCGCGCAGUCCAAGAACACCAAGUGACUUCUGUUGCUUAUAUUGACAGUCUGUUGUUACGAGACCCCACAAAGUUCCGCGCCUGCCUUGACAUCAACGAGCUUGCGACCCUCAGCUUCAUUCCAGCAUCCAGCGACAACACCUCCCACGCACCGAUAUCCCGUUACUGCGGCCCAGGAAGCCUUCUCAUAGACUACGCCAUGCGAUAUUGCACCUCGAACAACCAGGUCGAAGACCACGACGGAAAGUUCGCGGCGGACGGAACUGUUAAUCAAACCAUCGUAGACCGUUUCAUUCAUACGUACGACUACCUGCGCACGGCACCUCCUAUGCACAUAGCGACAGAAAUGUUCGGCGACCACGAAGCCCAGCGACUCAUCGACGAGUGCAUCUCGCUCCGCAUGUCCGAAGCAGACACCCUCGCCACCAUCACGCGCAUCACAGCUCAGAACGUCCUGAUGCGAUACCGCAAGCUACUCCACACCUUCUUCCCACAAGACCAGAAGGUCGACGAGCUCUUCAUCUGCGGUGCUGGCGCGAGAAACUCCAACAUUAUCGACUUUCUCGAAGCCGAGCUCCCCGAGAGCGUCAUCACAAAACCCUUGGACGAUAUUGGCAUACCGGGCGACGCGAAUGAGGCCGUGUGUUACGCGCAUCUGGCACUCGAGGCUAUCCUUGGACAGGUGGCACUACCUACUACACCUACGACGGCAACGGCAACGGCAACGGCAACGGCGAGACAAGCAAACAAAGACAUAGUGAGAGGGAGAUUUGUGCGUGGUAUAAAAUGGGAUGGCUUGGUUGAGCAAGUUGUUCAGUUCAGUGGAGGAAGACCAAUCCCUGUCGCAAAGGACAUCAACGUCACCGGCAACUUGGAAACUGCGGUUCGAAGACUGGAGUUGUAAUAAUGUUACGAGGAAAGGCUUAAUCUUAUUGCGGACACCACUUCUUCCACGUAUAUCGGAAAGUAAAGGAAAGAAGAUUGACACGGCGUUGAAGGGAUUUUGGCAAAAAAAUCAAAUGGGCAGGCAGUGUGUACCGGACAACGACACGAACGGAAGGACAUGCAUCACAUGACAUCACGAAGCGAUUCAUAUACCACAUGCAUAAGGGCGGCGUUACGAAUUGGGGAUAUUGCGAUCGGGUUAUGAAUAAAGUUCGGCUUCAUUAGCAUCAUUAGUCAUUUUGUCUUCUAUUGCAGUA